AUGGUCAAACUGGCAAUUCUGAUGAUUUUAGCUUUAACUGCCCUUGCAUUCAGACCUAAUUUCAAAAGCUCGUUUAUAGAGGGAGAGCAGGCAAGCUGUGAUAAGAAGCAGGAAGAGCAGCCAUGCGAAGAAGCAAAACCAGAAGAGCAGCCAUGCGAAGAAGCAAAGCCAGAAGAACAAAAAUGCCAAGAAGAGCAGCAGGUUAAAAUUGUAUAUGAAAAAGGAGAUAAAGGAGAAGUAGGAGAACAAGGAUGCCAAGGACCACAAGGCCCACCAGGCCCACAAGGACCUGCAGGGUGUAAAGGAGAAAAAGGAGAUAAAGGAGAAAAAGGAGACAAAGGAGACCAAGGAGAACAAGGCUGCAAAGGAGAAAAAGGAGAAGUAGGGGAAGCUGGACCUUGUGGAAUCCAAGGGUGUAAAGGAGAAAAAGGAGAUUGCGGAGAUAGAGGACCAGCAGGGGUCAUUAUUCGAUGCCAAGAAAUCGAUGAAGUUGUAGAGCAGUGCAAAUGUCAAGAAAAAGACGAUAAGGCUGCAUCAAAAUGGUAA